UUAGGGUUGAGGCUAGGGUUCCGUUAUCUUAUUCUGCUCCACUCCACCGCAGUGGCCCCUUCUCUGGUAUCCGCCCCUUCUCUGGUAUCUCGGAUGCCGCCAUGUCUCGCCUCACCUUGGAGCAAAUCUCUCGCGAGAACAAGAACAGCGAAGUGGUCUCGACCACUUCGCUUCAGCUCUCCCAUCGAGCACUCUCCAAUGUCUCGUGUUUGAGUAAAUUCCAGAACUUGGAGAGGCUCGACCUCAACUGCAAUUGUCUUUCAACUCUCGAGGUAGUUUCGUUGGUUUUUUCUGCUGAUAGUUAUCUGGCUUUGAUUCCAAAUGAGUGGGACAAUUUACUUCAGUUUCAUCAUCAUCCAUUGUUGAUAAAGUGUAAUUCUAGUUCAUGAUUUACUGCUACAAUAGUAGUUAGCAUGUGUUUGUUUUACUUUUUAGUUGGAAUUUAUUUUACAUGCCAAUCUGUUAUUUUUCUUUUCUUUUUUUUUAAUAUGUUAGAGAUAAUGGGUUAAUUAGGUGGGAGGGUUUCAAACUCUCGAUGCUCGAUGCAGGAUCUGUCUUCAUGCAUCAAUUUAAAGUGGCUUUCUGUCGUGGAAAACAAGCUUGAAAGCUUAAAAGGGGUUGAAGGUCUCACUAAGCUGACAGGGUUAUUUGGAUCAUGUUUAAGGUGGCUAUAUUCAGUUGUCCUGCUGGUAAUCUGACAGUACAACUUUGAAGGGUAUCAAGGAUUCAGCUUAGUCAGUUGCAGUGCUUAUACUCUUUGAGAUGAGCAUCAAGCUUGUUCAAAUUGGAAACAGACCCUCAUAGGAUCACAUGGUUCUAAAGCAAAAGAGGCCAAACAUUAAAUGGUGUUAAAUGCUGGAAAGAAUAAGCUCCGAACAAUGAAUGAAAUUAGAUCUGUCACAAGCUUACGAGCUUUAAUUCUGAAUGAUAACAACAUAUCUUCGAUCUGCAAGCUUGAUCAGCUUCAGUACUUGAACACACUUGUUCUUUCACGAAAUCCAAUUCAUAAUAUUGGUGACUCGUUGCUGAAACUGAAAUCUAUCACAAAACUGUCCCUCUCCCAUUGUCAAAUCGAAAAUAUUGGAUCUUCUCUGAUGUCGUGUGUGGAUUUGAAGGAAAUCAGAUUUGCUCACAACAAGAUCAUGACUCUCCCAGCUGAACUGGCACAGAACAUCAAAGUCCAAAAUUUUGAUCUGGGGAACAAUCUGAUUGAGAAUUGGUCAGACUUAAAGGUUCUUUCUGCAUUACACAACUUAAAAAACCUCAACUUACAAGGAAAUCCUAUUGUUGAGAAAGAUAAGUUAGCUAAGAAGGUCAAAAAGUUGUUACCAAAUUUGAGGAUAUUCAAUGCUAAGCCCAUAGAAAAGAGUGGCAGGAGUGAGAAGAUCUCUGGAGAAGAUGGCUUGGCUUGCAGUAAGGAUAAUCUUCCUCUCCAUAAUGCCCCUGAAAUUGAAGCAAAGGAUGAAGUAAAGAGGAAAAGGCCCAAAUUAGAUGUUAAGGUCUCUGCAGAGGACAUUCCAAAAAGCUCUAGUCAGGAAGAUAGUGUCUUUCAAGUUUCCACUAUGGUUGAAACUAAAAAGGAAAUAAAGGGGAAAAAAUCGAAACCAAGUGUGAAAACCAAGAAAAAUAAUGCAGUUCAAUCAGAGAAUGGCAAUUCUCCUGGUGAUGCUACUGAUUUAAAAAAUGCAAAGGAAUCAAAGAGAGAGCCUGUGAACAAAGAACAGAGCAAAUUUGAGGGAAUUGAUGAUGCAGAAACACCAUUAUUGAACCUUGUUCUAUCAGAUAAGACUAGUCAAGAGUUGGACAAUAAGAAGGACAAUGAAGUAGUUUCAGAUACCAAGUUGCUUGGAGGAUUGGUUGUCAACCAUGCUAAGAAGAAGAAAAAGGUUAAGGGUGUACAUAGGGGCCAUUCAGCACUUCAGUUCCUGGCCCCGAUCUCAGAAAUUGGAAUGGGUGGGCCAUCAGCAUGGGAUGAUUAGUCCGUAAUCAAACUCUCAAGCAUUUGCCAAAACUGGUUAAUCUCUUUCAAGUAUGAUACUUGAACUUAGGUAUUUACUCAUAAUAGUUUCAUGUAGUGUAUGAAUAUCAAUCUGUCAACAGUUUUUUUUUUAUCAAAUUUUGUUUGUAGAGACAGAGACCUGCUCAACAAGGUCUAUCAAACCCCUCUUUCCAACCGAAAACA